AUGAGGGGCACUACAGUAAUUAUUCUCUUUCUCACCCUAUCGUCUCUCGGACCACCCGUCCAUAGCAAUGAGGGCCACCACCUGGCGAAAUUCAUCAAGGCACGGCGCUUUACAAAAGCUUCAGCUGAUGACGUGGCUGAGGAUGAUGACAUCAUGCCCGAUGUCUACUUACAACGUCAGGACGGGCUGAAAAUGGCGGACAAGAUCAAGAUGCUGCCAGGUCAGCCGCCGGUUGACUUUGAUCAGUAUUCUGGGUACGUGACGGUUGAUGCCAAGGCUGGACGAGCCUUGUUUUACUAUUUUGUCGAGGCCAAGAACUCGACUGAUAAGCCUCUCGUCUUGUGGCUCAAUGGAGGCCCUGGCUGCUCGUCAUUUGGAAAUGGAGCAAUGACCGAACUCGGACCUUUUCGCGUGAAUCCUAAUGGGGAAACAUUGUGGUACAACAAACAUGCAUGGAACAAUGUUGCGAACAUAAUCUUCCUUGAAUCCCCUGCCGGAGUCGGAUUUUCUUACUCAAACACUUCGUCUGAUUACAUUACGGGAGACAGAAAAACUGCUGCUGAUUCUUACAUCUUCUUGGUUAACUGGCUCGAAAGAUUUCCAGAGUACAAAAAAAGGGACUUUUACAUAACCGGAGAGAGCUACGCCGGCCAUUACGUGCCUCAGCUUGCUGAUUUAGUACUGAAAAAAAAUGUAAACUCUUCACAACAUACCGCCAUCAACCUGAAAGGAAUCGCUAUUGGCAAUGCCUACACAGACUACAUAGAUCAGUUGAAAGGCGAGUACGAACAUUUCUGGGCAAGUGCUCUCAUAUCCGAUGAAAUUCAUAGAGGGAUAGUCAAAAACUGCAAUUUCUCAUCACCAUCAUCAACCUGUAGCAAGUACACUAGCGAAGCAGACCGCCUGACAGCAGGCGUAUACAUUUACGAUGUAUAUGCACCAUUGUGCAAUCCCUCUUCAAAUUCUGAUCAAAAAUGUGGAUUUGAUCCAUGCUCAGACGAAUAUGUCGAGGCAUACUUAAAUACUCCACAAGUGCAAAAGGCACUUCAUGUUACUGGUACAGGGACUCCUACACAAUGGUCCGGCUGCAGCAACGAUUUACAGUGGCAGGAUAGUCCAAACACGGUAUUACCUCUGAUUAGGAAGUUGAUGACUACCGGUCUUCGCGUUUGGAUCUAUAGUGGAGACACAGAUGGUAUAGUACCCGUUCAAACAACUAAGUAUUCUAUGCCGAAACUCGGAGCACCAAUCACUGUCCCAUGGUAUCCAUGGUACUACAAAGGCGAGGUUGGAGGAUAUGUAGUUGGGUAUAAGAAUGUGACAUUUGUGACCAUAAAAGGAGCUGGGCAUUUUGUACCAAGUUACAAGCCUCAACAGGCGCUAGCCUUCUUCUCAUCCUUCUUACAAGGAAAGUUACCUCCGGGCCAACUACACGAGGGAAAGCUUAUGGAUGCUUAA